AUUCUUUCAUUCUUUAACUGUCAUUUAGCGAUUUUGUUGUUGAUUUUUUUCAUCAAUUAAAAACAAUAUUUUAGAUAAAUAGAACGUCCUUGUUAUAGUAAUUGAUGAAAGAUAUUUAAAAUCGAUGUCACAAUCUCCACAGUCUCAACAGAAAAUUGAAACACCGAAAGAAGAAAGACCGGCUUCCAAGAUCUCCGAAUCGGUCAAAAAAAUAAUUGCAAUGGAAAAAGAGAACGACUCAAAUGCCACACGGAAAUCCAGAAUCGACCUCAACGCGCUGCCAACGCGGCAGUACCUGGACCAGACGGUGGUGCCCAUAUUGCUGCAAGGACUAUCAGCUCUAGCCAAAGAGCGACCUCCGGACCCGAUCAAUUACUUAGCUGCGUACCUGUUGAAGAACAAAGCUACAUUCGAAAGUAAUAAUGCAGGAAAUGCCAACAAUAACAAUCCUGCACCUAAUUCUCAGUCAUAAGUAGAAUGUAAGUUAGUUUUUAAUAUUAUUAUAAUAUUUCACAUUUAAUGCACUGUACUGCAAUGCUAGUGCUACUUUUUGUACCUACUGUUAGUGUAACUGUUUACAACAAAGUUUGAAUGGUGUUUCUUGUCUUAUUUUGGGUGCAGCUACAAUUCUUGGUAUAGCUGUGGUAUCUGUAAAUGAUAAUUUUAACCUUACAUUGAAGAGGGAGAGAUAAGGCCUUAAAUAAUGUAACAUGAUGACUCAUCACUGGUAAUGGUUGACCAAGGACGGCCAAUGACGACAGGUGUGACAUUCAAUCGUGGAGGGAUAUUUGCAGAAGUAGACAGGUCCUUGCCAUUCAGCUAUCACCCAUGGUUGCCUAUUUAUUGUAUACACAGUAGAACAACUCAGUAUAUUUUCUUGGUUAGUAAAAAUAAAAUACACUAUCUAUGAUAGAUCCAAUGAAUCCAUUGUAAAUAAUUGACAAUGUUAUAACCUCAGGUUGUAUAUUAGCUGGACUAAGAAAUUCUGAAUAUUUCCAAGUAUGAGGUCGUAGUUGUUGCUAUGGUGUUUUGAAAUUAAAUCGCAACUGUUAAACGCGACUAAUGUGAGUAAACCAAUUUAAAUACCUACUUAUGUAAAACUUUCC